GAUCGGUUCGUUCAAUGGACGCACGGUGUCAGUCGCGUGCGGGUGCACGACUAACUCGAUCAGCAAACCCUAACAAACCUGUUUUGGUUGUCGCCGGAGACGGUGGCUGUGUCCUUUCUCCGCCACCGCUCUGCUCUUUCGGCGGCCGCGAUCUAGGCGACGUGGCGACGUCUUCCCAUGAUUUCCGCGUUUCGUCGUCUCGCAAAGAGCGAGAGGAUCGGGUGGUUCCAUGGGCUGAUUUCUCCAUGCGGGCGUUCAAGGAUUCCUCUUUUCGAUCGGACAAGUUAUUCGUUGAAGAGAUUUGGUAAUGGAAAUUACUUGAAAGAUGGGACAUCGCAUAUAUGGAAGGACAUAUGUAUUUCACAUUUUUCUUCGUGUGCAUUUUCGUCUCAGUGGUCAGUAACUUCUUUGGUUUAUCAUAACACAAUUAGGUGGCAAUCAGUCAGAUUUAGGAGCGAUUCACUGGUGACUCUUAAUACUGAGGACCAUGUGGCUAGAUUUUCCAUUGGCAGACCGAAUGUCAACCAUGGAACUAACUCAAAGGCAAUGAAAAAGCCAUUGAAGAAGUCUAGAAAAGCAAAAUUGAAUGAGCUGAAGUGGUUCCGCUUGAAGGCAAAAAAGAAGAUGAAAUCACCAAAUCCUGAAGUUAGGAUUCGGUACAAACUUGAGAAGGCAAAGAGAAAAGAGGUGUGGCUGAUUGAGAAGCUGAGGAAAUAUGAGAUUCCAAAAGGUCCACUGCCAGUUCAUGAUCCUGAAAUCCUCACCAAAGAAGAAAAAUUCUAUCUAAAACGCACAGGCGAAAAGAAGAACAAUUAUGUGCCCGUCGGGCGGCGAGGUUUAUUCGGUGGCGUGGUUCUAAAUAUGCAUAUGCAUUGGAAGAAACAUGAAACAGUAAAAGUAGUCUGCAAGCCUUGUAGACCUGGCCAGAUUCAUGAAUAUGCCGAAGAACUAGCGAGGCUCAGCAAAGGGAUGGUGAUCGAUAUAAAGGCAAAGAACACUAUCAUCUUUUACAGGGGGAAGAACUAUGUCCAGCCUGACAUAAUGUCGCCUCCCGAUACACUUUCAAAACAGAAGGCAUUGGAGAAGUAUAAGUUUGAGCAAUCUCUUGAGCACACUAGUCAGUUUAUUGAAAAGCUAGAGAGGCAGCUAGAAGAAUACCACAAGCAUGUUGAAUUGUACCAGAAGAAUAAAGAUAUCGCUACUGAAAGAGCAACAGCAACAGCCAACGGAGACUGUAGUGUGGACAGACAGUAAACACACUCUAAAUUAUUUCUUCUUAAUAAAAUUUAAAUUCUCAUCCUCUUAUGAAUAAA